UUUCUAUAAAUUAAUUAAUAAAUUAAUACGUAUAGUACCCACCCCCAUAGCCUCUUAAUUAAUCACUUAUCAGCUCGUCGUAGCAGUUUGCAUCUAUAACUAAACACUUCUUUGUGUGGUUAUGUCAAGCUCGGUUGCACCAGUCGCCAACAGGCGGCUAGAUGGUAAAGUGGCAUUGAUCACCGGCGGCGCCAGUGGCAUUGGCGAAACCACCGCGAGACUAUUCGUUAAACAUGGUGCCAGAGUCAUCAUCGCUGACAUCCAAGACACACUAGGCAAUUCAAUCUCCACCGAGAUAAGCGGGGGUGACCCCGCCGUCUGCUCCUACGUCCACUGUGACGUGACCAUCGAUUCGGAUGUUCAGGCUGCAGUGGACCUCGCCGUCUCAAUGCACGGCAAGCUGGACGUGAUGUUCAGCAAUGCUGGCAUUGGUGGGAAGCACGAAGUGUCUAUCCACGACAUCGAUCGGGACGACCUCCGCGGCGUGUUCGACGUGAACGUCUUCGGCGCGUUCUGGUGCGCGAAGCACGCCGCGAGGGUGAUGGCCCCGGCAAAGAAGGGGAGCAUCGUGUUCACCGCCAGUGCCGCCACCGUGUCGAGCGGGUACUUCCCGUACGCCUACAUGGCGUCGAAGCACGCGGUGGUGGGACUGGCGAAGAACCUCGGGGUGGAGAUGGGGAAGCACGGGGUGAGAGUGAAUUGCAUUUCCCCUACCUAUCUGGCGACGCCGUUGACGAUCGACAGAUUCGGCGGGGAUAAGGAAGCGGUGGAGGGGUUCGCGUGCGAAAUGGCGAACUUGAAAGGGGUGGUGUUGGAGGCGGAGGACGUAGCGGCGGCGGCGGUGUUUCUUGGGAGUGACGAGUCCAAGUAUAUUAGUGGGACUAAUCUUGUGAUUGAUGGUGGACUUUGUACUACUAAUUUUGCCACUUCAUUGGCCCUAGAUAAAUUAUCUUCUUCAUGAAGAUAUCGAGGCUGUCUAAAAUGACAUCAGCUCAAUUGGAGCACUCAUGAUACUCUGUUUGCAAACUUUAUAAUUUCUACUUCUCUCACCCUUGUCGUGAACCCUCCUACCCCUACCCCUUACAUCCCUUAAUCGAUGUUUAGGCAGAAUUAGUUCUGCCUAACAUCGAUUAAGAAAAUGCAGGUAGGGGAUGAACUGAUGAAGGGGCUGGAGUAGAGGGUUUAGGAAAGAGUUAGGGGUAGAAAUUAUCAAUUUUACGAACAAAACAUCGUACUUGCUCCAAUUGAAUUGGGCGCCAAUUGACACGAGUGCCAGGAGUGGUAACAAUUUAGACUUAAUUUAUAGUAUGAAUAUGUAAUUUGUUUCAAUUUUACUUGUUGGCUUAAAUAACAUGCAUGUUUGCAAUGAUUUAUUUUUUUGAAUAAAUAUCCUUGUAACAU